AUCGUUAUGUGGCGCGUUUCCAACGUCCGCAGGGCGGCGGUGCCGCGAAUGAUACCACGUCAUCUAAGCAGCGUCGGCACCCCAGCAUCAACGCAAAAUGCCCCCGAUUCGUCCGACGUGGUCGUGAUCGGAGGCGGCGUUGUGGGCACGAGCAUCGCGUACCAUUUGGCAAAGUAUGGCGCGAAGAACGUCGUGUUGCUCGAAAAAACCGAGUUGACAGCGGGGUCGACGUGGCACGCGGCAGGCCUUGUGACGUAUUUCAACCCGGGCAUCAACUUGAAAAAGUUCCACAACUACAGCUUGAACUUGUACAAGACUCUCGAAGCCGAAACUGGGCAGAAUGUAGGAUUGCAUACUCCUGGGAGCAUCCGCAUCUGCACGACAUCCGCUCGCAUGGACGAAGCCAAGUUCCAGCAAAGUCGUCAGAAUUGGCACGAAGCGUUCCAAGCGCUUAUUUCUCCGGACGAGAUCGCGGCGAAGCAUCCGCUUUUGAACAUGGACGGGAUCUUGGGCGGCAUUUACUCCAAGGGCGACGGCUACAUUGACCCGUACAGUGUGACCAUGGCCCUGGCCCAAGGCGCCAAGCUUCAUGGCGCGCACAUCUGUCAGCAUUUGCCUGCUUUGGACCUGUCGGAACAGUCGGACGGGUCGUGGCAUGUGUCGACGGCCAAAGGCACGAUUCACGCCAACACUAUUGUCAAUUGCACGGGGUUUUGGGGCCGCGAGCUGCUCCAGGGAUGGCUCAACGUGGACUUGCCCCUUGUGACCAUCGAGCAUCAAUAUGUGAUCACCAACUCGAUCGCCCAAGUGGCCGCAAGAGGCAACGACCAACUGCCCGUGAUUCGCGACCUGGAAGCGUCCUACUACCUCCGCCAAGAACGCACGGGGAUGCUCGUCGGGCCAUACGAAGCGGGAACCGACAUGAAAGUGCGCACGGACUGGCAGUCGAACGGCGUGCCAAGUGAGUUCGGCAAGGAAUUGUUUGCCCCAGACGUCGACCGCCUCCUUCCGCACCUCGAAGCCGCCAUGCAUCGCAUGCCAGUCCUCGAAGAAGCAGGCAUCCAAAACGUCACGUGCGGCCCCAUCUGUUAUGCGCCGGACGCGCUACCCCUCGUGGGGUAUUUGCCCCACCGUCGGUUGAGAAAUGUGUUUAUCGCAACCGGCAUGUCAUAUGGCAUCGCGCACGGCGGCGGGUGUGGCGACUACGUGGCCAAGUGGAUUUUACAUGGAGAACCCCCGUAUGACUUGACCGAGAUCGACCCCGCCCGCUCACUGAGCUGUCAUGUACUGUACGUGGGAUACGUGCAUGGUCGAGGUUGGUUGAGAUAUGGAGCGUGGGCCACGCCGGCGUUCACGGCCGCAAAAGCGCGGGAAAGCUACGGGGAUAAUAACUUGAUUUCGCAUCCGAUACUAGACAAGCAGGCGGGUCGCCCGACGAGUCGCGUCUCACGUUUGUACGAGACGCUGGCCCAACACGGCGCGCAGUUUGGCUUGCACUCGGGAUGGGAAGUGCCUCACUGGUUUGCCACGUCCGACGCUGAGAUCGGCCAUGAACCGAGCUACUUUCGAAGCAAUUCGUUUGGGCCGACGAAACGGGAAUGCGACGCCGUGAUGGAGCGCGUGGGGCUCACGGACUUGAGUUCGUUUGCCACGUUUCAAGUCCACGGACCGUCGGCGCGCGCGUUCUUGGAGCUCAUGUGUGCCAACUCCGUGCCCAAAGUCGGCGCAUCGAUCCGGAUUUGCCACCUCUGCACCCCCCUCGGCAAAGUCCUGGGCGAGCUCACUGUGACAGCGUUAACAGACGAGUCGUUUUACGUGGUCACGGGCGCUGGCACCGAGCUGCACGACUUGCGAUGGUUGGAUACGCAUGCCGAUGCAUUUCGUGACGUUGAGAUCGUCAACACGUCAGACACCACGGGGGUGCUGGGGCUCGCGGGCCCCCGCGCCGCGGCCGUGCUGGCGGCGGCCACCCCGCCCGAACAUUUGACGUUUCCAUAUAUGAAGCUCCAGCACACGACUAUCCAAGGCAUCGACGUGCGCGUUUUGGGGUUGAGUUUCACAGGCGAAGCAGGAUAUGAACUGCAUGUUCCGCUCCAGCACAUUCGAGUCGUGUACGACGCAGUAUGGCACGCUGGACAAGCGCAUGGGAUUCAAAACGUCGGUUCGUUUGCUGUCCACUCGAUGCGUUUGGAGAAGGGGUUUCGUGUGUGGGGCAGUGACAUGAACAAGGACACGACGCCCCUUGAAGCUGGAUUGCAUCGAUUUUUAAAACUGGACAAAGCAACCCCGUUCGUCGGCCAACGCGCACUGCAACAGGAAUCGCAACGAGGAAGCUUGAAAACAUUGGUGCAUCUCCACGUGCACACGGACAUCCCAGCUCCAGGCCACGAACCACUGGACGCAUGGGGCAACGAAGCAGUGUGGUACAAUGGAAGUGUCGUGGGCUACACCACGUCUGGCGGGUACGGCCAUACUGUGCACAAAAGCAUCGCAUUGGCGUACGUCCCGCCCAAGUUGGCCGUGGAAGGCCACCAAGUGGACGUCGAGCUCGUCGGACACAAGUAUAAAGCCACGGUGCACUUGGAGCCGUUCAUGGAGACACAGCUCAUGCGCAAGUUGAAACAAGCAGAAACGUAAUGCACACACGAAAAUGUAUAAUAUCUACGCAUACGUGGGAAAAAUCAAUCUACAUAUAUAUAUAUUGCUCACGUCUUG